AUCAUUGUUUUGGGAGAGAAGUGCCGGCACUGGUGUUUGUUGUUUUCAGUCAUGGAUAGCAGGGUGUGUGUUGGAUGUAGUAUAUAAAGCAGACGGUUGAGUCAGACCUGUUUAUAGUAACAAGCAGGGAGCAGCACCACACUCUUCACACUUCUACAUCCUCAGGUCACGUUGGAAUGGAUUCCAGACCUGACUGGGUUGAGGACAUUGACCAGCCUGCAAUGGUGGUUCUAGCAUCUAAUCACUUAUCCAAGAUGGCAAGAAGAGCCAAUCAUAUCACAGAGGAGGUGACUAAGAUAAGACAGAGGGUUGACAAGAUGAUCCAGACUUUUGAACGAACACAGGGAGGUCUAAGCCAUGGACAAAGCCCUGAUAUGGAAAUUGUGGAAGAUGUGGAGGAUCUGGAAAAUGUCCUACAUGACCUUGCUCAAAGGAAGAGAUACCAGCAGAAGCUCACCGUCUUUAUUGUGGGAUAUGAGGAGACCUGUGGACAGAGGAGACAUCUUCUAACACAGUUACAAGAGUUUUUUAGUAUAUACUCCAACCUGAAUGAAGAAGGAGACCAGAAACUAGUCCCGUCUACCAUAGAUUUGGAUGGAAUAGCUGAACGGGUGACACAAGCAGUGAGGUCAUCAGAAGCUGCCAUGUCUCGCCUUGCAGACAUUCAUGCAGGGAUCAUGAGCUGUGUGAACCAAACAAUGUCUGCAAGGGCCCAGGAUAAACGGAAGCCUUCAGAUGACAGGGGAAGGAAAAAGCUAGAGAAGGUGCUGGACCAAGCAAGGCAAGACAUUGGACAGCUAACUGAUCAACUACUGCAGGCCGAAAAAGAUCUAACCUUAAAGGACCAACAGUUUAAAGAAUUGAUGACACAGAAUGAAAGACGAUUUCUUGAGAUCGAACAUGUCAAAAGUCAGUUGGAAGUCACAAAGAAAAGCCUGCAAAUCCUGCAGGAUGAAACAGUAAUGCAGCGAAGCCUUCUCGAGGCUGAGCUAAGGAGACGAGAAGGACAAUUAAAGAAUCUUGAAGAUCAAAAAACUGCAAAACAUGAACAGCUGACCGAUGCCAGUACUCAGGUUUCUAAUACUAAUGAUAAAUGAUUUAU